AUGUUACGUUCCGUCCUGUUCGCGGUCGUUGCGGCCCCGGACCUGAUCAGUGGGAAGGCAGAGACUUGGACGCUUGCAGCUGGAGGCCUCGAGUUCGAGCUGCAAGCAUCACAGGGGGCCUUGCAGCAGGGCACCGUGACGUGGAAGCCAAGGUCCGGCGCAGCUUCAAAUGCUGGGAAGUGGCAGUGCAAUCGCCUUCGCUUGGAGCCGCUGUUUGACAUCGAGGUGCAUCUGCCAGAGAGGCCAUUGACAGAGAUCACUGGGGUGAACUCAUCGCAGUGCAUCAUGCGUGAGCCCCCGGUGGUGGAAUUCAGCCGACUAUCCGUCCAACUCGACUGCCCGCUUGACCUCCAAGUUGCGUGGAGUGUGACCGUGCAAUCUGCAAAAUCGCGGGCAGAAGAUGACGGCCUUGCAGCUUUCCUCCGGGUUUCUGCUAAGCUGGCAGCCGAUCGCGCCUUUCCAGCAAAGUUGGUAUUACUAGCUGUAAGCACCCGGAACACUGCAAGCUGCGGCCACACGUUGUCGACUGGUGCCGUUCCUGGAUCGCCCAUCCUGCUUGACAAACAGUUCUUUGCUGCAGUGGAGCAUCCGCUCGCUGCGCAUGACUUGAACAAGACUCCUAACAGUGAUUUGACGGGCUCCGUCAAUCAUUUGGCAUCGAUGGACUGGAAGACUCAAAGCCUUGACUACGGCGCGGUCAUAGGUGCCUUCGCAGAAGAAUCACAAGCUCGUCGUUCUUUCAACCUAUACUUGUCAGAAGCUCGCCCGCAGUCCUGGCAAGGGCCACUGGUCCAUUACAACAGUUGGUACGACUUCACUUCAUGGCAGGAUCAGUCCUUCUUCGAUCCUCGCCGAGCAACCACAGUUCAGCAAAGCCUUUGGUUGCGACAAUUGUUGGCCGAGUUGUCGCAAGACCAAAUGAACGAGACGUCUGCGCUUGAGAAAAUUAGCACCUUUCAUGAUGAAUUAGUCGCGAAGCGGGGUGUGCAGAUUGACUCAUUCUUGUGGGACGACGGCUGGGACGAUCCACAGCGAGGAAUGUGGGCUUUCAAUGUGGCAAGAUUUCCGAACGGCUUCGACAACUUGGUGCGAGCGGCAGACUCCAGAAACUGUAGCAAUGGCAUCUGGCUUUCUCCGUGGGGUGGCUAUGGUCAGGCCAAGGACCUGCGAGUAGCAGAAGCUAAGCGAACGGGCCUGGAAGUCAACGAGCACGGCCUUUCUCUUGCAGGUCCCCUGUACAGAGCGAUGCUUUGCUGCACAUGCGCAUUCGGCGGGUCCGUAACCAAUUGCAUGUUCCUUGUUUCUGUUUUGCAUCUUCUGCGCUUACAAACUCGCCGCUGGUGCAGGAAGUUCACAGCAGCAGCUGCCAGUUUCCGCCACGAGGCGGGUGUAAACUUAUUCAAGUUUGAUGGCAUUGCUGGCGACCCGAGUGAAGUUCCAGGUGAGAUCGAGGCCAUGCUUUCGUUCUCGCAUGCUCUGCGAGAAGUGGAACCAAAAAGCCACGGUGCCAGACAGAGGAGCGCGGCUGCAAAGGAUCGAAUCUGGAUCAACUUGACAACGGGGACCUGGCCAAGUCCGUUUUUCCUUCUUUGGGUGGACAGCAUCUGGCGGGGCCACCGGGACGUUCUUGCCUUCUCGGAAGAUGAGCGGCCGGGGUUGACCAUCCGACAGCGCUGGCAGCUCUUCCGCGAGUGCAUUAUCUCAGCAGCCAUUGUGCAGCGCGCGAGGUUUUUCCCCAUUUCGCGCCUGAUGAUCCACGGCGCUGUUUUGUCAAAGCAUGGUGAUGCUCGGGCGCUUGGGCUACAUCUUGCCAACGAGCUAGAUUGGGCACAAGAAGUUUGGUCGCAUGCUUCACUUGGCCUAUUGCUGCAGGAGCUCUACGUUUCGCCUGAUUUGAUGGAUCCAGGUCGGUGGGACGUCCUGGCCGAGGCUUUGCAGUGGGCACGGACGAAUUCCUUGACCCUCGAAGACACGCAUUGGGCCAUCUUCCGCGCAUGCGAGGUCCAGCCUUACGGCUGGGCAGCCUGGCGAGAUGGUCUGGGCUUCUUAACCUUGAGAAAUCCAUCCACGAAAAAGUCUGCGAAGCCCAAAACUAAGACGGAAGCCUUCACCUUACGAGAUGCCUUCGAGCUGCCAUCCGGCGACAUGGGUCAUCUCCGAUUUCGUAUUGUGAAGAGGUUGGCGAGUUCGUCCAGCAAGUGGCGGUGUAGCUCCUUUCAGGGAGCGAAGCGGCAGCAGGGUGAAUGCGUGAUAGCUUCCAAUAUGCAGACGUACGUUGAACUGGAUGAUGCAGAGCUGGUGAUUCUAGAAUUUCGCCGCGCAUCUUCUCAUCCCAAUCUCGUGGCCGUUGGUGACAGAUCAGAACUGUAG